AUCAGAAGCUUUUACAUGCACAUGGCUGCAGACUCGAUGGAGAUUGAUGAUUCUCUCUACAGCCGCCAGCGUUAUGUGCUGGGAGACAGUGCUAUGCACCAGAUGGCCCAGUCCUCAGUCUUUCUCAGUGGAAUGGGAGGACUGGGCGUAGAGAUAGCAAAGAAUAUUGUCCUGGCUGGAGUGAAGGCAGUCACACUUCAUGACACAAAGCAGUGUGAGACUUGGGAUCUGGGUUCAAACUUCUUCAUCCGCAAAGAUGAUGUCUCACAUCACAGGACGAGGGUGGAAGCGGUUUGUCCUCGGGUUGCAGAGUUGAACCCUUACGUUCAUGUUGACAUGUUGUCCUCUGCUCUAGACGACAACACUGAUCUCAGCUUUCUGAAAAAGUACCAGUGUGUUAUUCUGACUGAAGCCAGAUUGAGCCUCCAGAGAAGAGUGAAUGAUUUCUGCCACAUGCAGAGACCUCCCAUCAGAUUCAUUGGCUGUGAUGCAUAUGGCGUCUGUGUGCGGGUAUUUUGUGAUUUUGGUGAGGAGUUUGAAGUGUCAGAUCCCACAGGAGAAGAGCCCAAGGAGGUGUUCAUCCAAAGUAUCACACAGGACAACCCUGGGGUGAUAACAUGCAUGGACAACCAACCCCAUGGUCUACAGACAGGCCAGAGUGUUGUCUUCAGAGAGGUCAAUGGCAUGAAUGAACUCAAUGGCUCUGUUCGACAAGUUUCAGUCCUCUCUCCUCACAGUUUUGCAAUAGGAGAUACAUCUCAACUACAGCCGUAUGCACAUGGUGGUUUCUUUGUCCUGGUGAAAACUCCAAAGACAUAUAGAUUUGAAACAUUAGAGAGACAGUUAUGUGAUCCUCAGGUCCUGACCCCAGACUUCAGUAAACCAGAGGCCCCACUGCAAAUCCAUGCAGCCAUGCUGGCUCUGGACACAUUUCAGGAGCAACACAGUAGACUUCCUAACAUCGGGUGUUUACAGGAUGCUGAGGUUUUAUUGAAGUUAACUGAGGAAGUCAAUUCAACUCUCAGGAACAAAGUUCCUGUGAAUACUGACUUAGUGUGCUGCUUGUCGAGAACAGCAAGGGGAAGUCUCCCUCCUUUAGCAGCAGCUGUAGGAGGCCUAGCCAGUCAGGAAGCUCUAAAGGCCAUCACAGGGAAGUUUGCACCGCUGCAGCAGUGGUUUUAUCUUGAUGCCAUGGAGGUAGUCAGGCCACUGCAGUCUUAUUCUGCUGAGGAGUUUUCCCCCAGAGGAGAUCGGUAUGAUGGAUUACGAGCUUGCAUCGGUGAAUCAAUGUGCCUAGAACUGCACAAGCUCAGAGUAUUCAUGGUGGGCUGUGGUGCCAUAGGCUGUGAGAUGCUGAAAAACUUUGCUCUACUUGGCGUGGGAUUAACCACUAACUCUGGAGAGGUAUGCAUCACAGACCCUGAUCUUAUAGAAAAGUCCAACCUCAAUCGGCAGUUUCUUUUCAGACCUCAUCAUAUACAGAAACCGAAAAGUACCACCGCAGCAGCAGCCACUCUGGAUAUCAACCCAGACUUGCAGGUGGACGCUCAUCUCAACAAAGUGUGUCCGGCUACUGAGGGAAUCUACAGUGACUCCUUUUAUUCCCGUCUGAAUCUUGUGGUCACUGCACUGGACAACGUGGAGGCUCGGAGAUAUGUGGACAGCCGCUGUGUGUCUAAUCAGAGAGCUCUCCUAGACUCUGGUACAAUGGGAACUAAAGGACACACAGAAAUAAUUGUGCCAAACUUGACAGAGUCCUACAAUAGCCAUAGGGAUCCCCCUGAAGAGGAAAUCCCAUUCUGCACUCUCAAGUCUUUUCCCUCUGUCAUAGAGCACACCAUCCAGUGGGCAAGAGACAAGUUUGAGAAUGCAUUUGCCCACAAGCCCUCCAUCUUUAACUCAUUCUGGCAGACGCACUCCUCAGCUGAAGUGGUCCUACAGAGGAUGCAAUCCGGAGAAAGUCUGGAGGGAUCAUUCCAAGUCAUUAAGUUGCUCAGCAGACGGCCCAGCCAGUGGGAACAGUGCAUCACCAUCGCUCGUCUGAAAUUUGAGAAGUAUUUCAAGAGAAAGGCCCUACAGCUGUUGCACUCUUUUCCCCUGGACACAAGGUUAAAAGAUGGAAGUUUGUUCUGGCAAUCCCCAAAGCGACCGCCAGCGCCUAUUGAAUUUGACUUGAAAAACUCUUUGCACUUCGCUUUCAUCGUCAGCACAGCCCGACUCUUUGCAGGGAUUUAUAACAUUCCCUACUCAGACAAGGAUCUCUCUGAAGAAGCAGUGACCAGGAUUCUCUCUGAAGUCCCAAUCCCAGAGUACCAGCCCUCAGAGAAAUCUAUAGAGACAGAUGAGACGGCAAAGAAGCCUGAUCAGAUGAAGAUGCCAUUAAGCAGUGAAGAGGAGAGGGAGGCCAUCAUGCAGCUGGAAAAGGCCAUCGUCACUGAUUGUGUCACAGAAGAGAAGCUACGGAUGACUCCACUGCAGUUUGAAAAGGACGACGACAGUAAUGGCCACCUGGACUUUGUCGCAUCAGCGUCUGCGCUCAGAGCCACAAUGUACGCGAUUGAGCCAGCUGACCGCCUCAAGACCAAACGCAUUGCUGGAAAGAUCAUUCCUGCCAUUGCCACGGCAACAGCAGCUGUGGCUGGACUGGUGGCCCUGGAGUUGAUUAAGGUGAUCGGGGGCUAUGAGUUUGAGUCUUUCAAAAACUGCUUCUUUAACUUGGCCAUCCCUGUAGUGGUGCUCACUGAGCCAGCUCCGGUUAAGAAGACACUCAUCAGGGAUAAUAUCUACUUCUCUAUCUGGGACUGUUGGACCAUCUUUGGCCAUGAAGAUUUCACUCUGUCUGACUUCAUGAAUGCAGUGAGGGAAAAGUAUGGAAUUGAGCCCACCAUGGUUGUCCACGGUGUAAAGAUGCUUUAUGUGCCUGUAAUGCCAGGACACUCGAAGAGACUCAAACUGACGAUGCAGAAGCUGAUUAAGCCAUCAGUCGACCGGCGCUAUGUCGACCUUACCGUGUCAUUUGCCCCGGAGGCAGACGGGGAUGAGGAUUUGCCCGGUCCUCCUGUCAGGUACUACUUCAGCUGCAACGGAGAGACACCCUGACACCUUCCUUGAUGUCGUCCUCAAACCUCUUGUGUCCUUACUUCCCCUUCUUUCAUGUACACUGUUAAACCCUAAUACUCCAGGCCAGGGCCAAGAACUUUCCCUCUGUAUGUUAUCGAAUGAGGGCUAAGCUCCUGGCCCCAACACAAGCCCCUCCCCCCUUAUUCUUCAUGGAGCAAGAAAAGCCAGCUCUGGUCCCCCCCUUUUUUUUUCUUGCUUCAGAUCUAGCCAGUGGAACACAUGGCUGCUUCAGUAGCACUAAACUGUACCUGUGUACAUAUAUUUUCUCUGUUCUAUUUUUUACUCUGGUGAAAUGCACAGCGCUGCUUGUGCCGAUGCCUUAAUUGAUUAAUGACAUGUUUUCUGUUUGUGGCAGUGAGUCUGACUAAAAAUUGUGUUUACAGAUACCUUCCAACAUUCUGCCCCAUUUUUAAAGUUUUUAUUUAAAGCUCUUAGGCCCUUCAAAGGGGUGGGGUAGGUCUGUUGGGGCAAUAAAGUGUAUUAGUAUUUGAUAGACAUCUUCUAAAUCUCACCUGUCCUCUCAUUUGCUGGAAAAAUAUUGCCACUUACACUUUAGCCACUUUUUCCAGUUAUUGGCCAUUUCCCAUGCUAGAAACAGAUAAAGCCAAUAUUUGUUGUUUGUCAUUGAAGUUAAACAGGUCAGGAGACAACAGCAAAACCACCAAAGAAACUGAUCUUCAUUAUGUCUUCAGAUGAUUGUUCUCCUUUAUAAUUACUGACUGCCUCUUAGAAACACAUGUGUAUUACAAUGGAAUAGAGAUGAUCAUAAUAUUAAAGAGUAAGACAUGACAGCAGCUGCACGCCUGUUUUUCAGGAUAAGUCUUAUUUCCCAGCAAAGACACUUCAGUGCUACAAAAGGCAAUUUUACCACUUUUCUCCCAUAAUUGGUACUUAUUAGCUAUUAUGCAGUUGGUAUGAGUGCUAAAAAUGUCAUAUCACUGCCCUGUGGUUCCCUGAAGCUGCUGGUGUUUCCCUUUUGAAAAAAAAAAAAAAAGGAUGACUGCAUUGUCAUUACAAAUAAAACCCAAUUUUGACAAAUAUCCAACAACUGUACCUACAUCUGGGGUCACACUCCUGUUUUUUUUUGUAAUCUUUGCUGUUGUUGAUUUACAUGUUGCAUUUGUUUAUAUAUGUGUCCAUGACUUGUAUUUAUUUGUUACUCAUUUUUGUCACUUUGUGUUAAACUGAGCCUGUGUUGAUGAGCUCUGUUGAGUCAUGGUGCACUGGUUAAUUAUUAAUCACUGAUGAACAAAAGUCAUCUGAGAGCGGUUACGUAAGUUUAUGUUGAGGGUUUUGAAACAUGAGGUGAUGCAAAGUAUGAAAUGGUUUGUUUUGGCGACCAGUGGCAUUGAUGUCAGUUUAUUAUUUUAAUGGAAUCUGCCUUUUGAUGAACAUACAAUCUUCCCCAAUCUACAGAUUGUUGUCCAUAUCUUUAAAAUGACCAAUCUGGCCCAGACAAGACUCACAUGAAAGACUUCUCAGAAACAUUGAUUUCUCAUAAACCAGGGUGAUUAAUUGCACAGAAAACGUCUGAUAUCGACAACACUUCUUGUGCAGCGAAUGUCGUAAGUGUAAAACAAAACAGUGUUAAUGAGUGACAAUGAUAAUGAUGUAUGUUCUCCUGACAGACAACCAAUGGUCCAAUAAAAUGUGAGAUUUCAGGAUGUCCUCGA